ACACUCUGUCGCUUCAAUGCAAUCGAGUUUAGCUGUUUGUUUCUGGACGAGACGAAAAAGCGUUGCACCGGGGUGUAACCAUCGAGCUAACGUUAGGCUAGUUAGAUGUAGCCAGCUAGCUUUAGAUUCUUGUCGGCGUACGCAGCUGUAUUAUGAACAUUAUUCACACAAUUAUCGAGAGAUAUUGAUGAAAGUCGUUGGAGUCAGUUUAAGCUAAUGUCACACUGCUGUUGUCGUCGACGUCUCCGGUUUUAGGUGUUUUCAUCAGAGCUGUCCCGUUUUGGCUAGUUAGCCCCUUUAGCUAGGUAGCUUCAGCAGCGUAUGGGUGUCAGAGUUAGCCGUGACUCCACCGGGUGUCUGGUUGCCUGAGCUCACAUUUCGGACACGUCAAGCUUCCUCAAAUCUGUUUGGUGAUUUUGGGGGCUGUGAUGUCGGAGCCCAAGACGCCCACUCCAACCCCUGCUGGCGACACGUACAAAGGAUGGGUGUUCAAAUGGACAAAUUACAUCAAGGGUUAUCAGCGGAGGUGGUUUGUCCUGAGCAAUGGCUUGUUGUCAUACUACAGGACCCAGGCAGAAAUGGGACACACAUGUCGGGGCACGAUCAACCUGGCCACGGCGACCAUCACCGUGGACGACGCCUGCAACUUCGUCAUCUCUAACGGCGGGGCACAGACGUAUCACCUGAAAGCCAGCUGUGAGGUGGAACGUCAGCGCUGGAUCACUGCCCUGGAGCUGGCCAAAGCCAAAGCGGCCCGCAUGCAGGCUGAGUCCGAUGACUCGGGGGACGACUUCUCACCAUCGUCCCCACCGGCGGCGCCUGGACAAGGUGGCGGGGCACAGAAUUCAGAAGUACAGUCUGCUCUCAGAACUCUUGGCAGCAAGGUGGAGGAUCUCAGCACGUGCAACGACCUCAUCUCAAAGCACGGCUCUGCCCUCCAGAGGUCUUUGUCAGAACUGGACAGUUUGCGUCUAACCGGAGAGGCAGGUGAUAAGAUCCGUCAGGUGACCGAGAGGGCCACACUGUUCCGCAUCACCUCCAAUGCCAUGAUUAAUGCGUGCCGAGACUUCCUGGCACUGGCUCAGGCCCACAGCAAGCGAUGGCAGAAGGCCCUGCAGGCAGAGCGAGAGCAGCGGGUGAGGCUGGAGGAGACUUUAGAGCAACUGGCCAAGCAACACAAUAACCUGGAGCGAGCGUUCAGAGGGGCUGCGCAGGCCAACACUGCCACAGAUAAUAAAAGCACUGCCGGGCCAGGAAAAGGCGAGGCCAGUGACGAGGACGAUGACAAUGAGUUCUUUGAUGCCAUGGAAGAGGCUCCCGAGUUCAUCACCGUACCUGCAGACCCUCAGUUCCACAAGAGGUCGAGCAGUAAUAUCAGCGGUUUCAACAGUGAAAUGUGUCCUGAUGAUCAGUCGCUUAACGAGGAGCCUCUAGCGAUGAACCAGGAGUCCCCCUCUCAGGAGCUGGUGCCCUUGAAGAAGAGGCGGACACGUAUCCCAGACAAACCCAACUACUCUCUCAACCUGUGGAGUAUCAUGAAGAACUGCAUCGGCAAAGAGCUGUCCAAGAUCCCGAUGCCUGUGAACUUCAACGAGCCCAUCUCCAUGCUGCAGCGGUUGUCUGAGGACCUCGAGUACCACGAGCUGCUGGAUAAGGCCUCCAAGUGCCAGAGCUCCCUGGAGCAGAUGUGCUAUGUGGCCGCCUUCUCCGUGUCCUCCUACUCAACCACCGUCCACCGCACGGGCAAGCCCUUCAACCCUCUGCUGGGCGAGACGUUCGAGCUGGACCGCCGGAGAGAGAGUGGCUACCGCUCCCUCUGCGAGCAGGUGAGUCACCACCCUCCUGCAGCAGCACAUCAUGUGAUCUCCGAUCGUGGCUGGACCCUGAGGCAGGAAAUCACUGUUGCCAGCAAGUUCAGGGGCAAAUACCUCUCUAUUAUGCCUCUAGGCACAAUUCACGCAAUCUUUGAAAAGGGCAACAAUCACUACACAUGGAAGAAAGUUACCACCACAGUGCACAACAUCAUCGUAGGAAAACUAUGGAUCGAUCAGUCAGGAGAGAUAGAUGUAGUUAACCACACCACCGGAGACCGCUGCCAUUUGAAGUUCGCCCCGUACAGCUACUUCUCCAGAGACGUCGCCAGGAAGGUGACAGGUGUGGUGAUGGACAAGGAUGGUAAGGCCCACUACGUGCUCUCAGGCACUUGGGAUGAGAAGAUGGAGUUCUCCAGAGUGAUGCAGAGCAGCCGAGGAGGAGAGAACGGCACUGAGGGCAAACAGAAGACCGUCUACCAAACCCUGAAAGCCAGAGAGGUCUGGAGGAGGAACCCUUUACUCGAGGGAGCAGAGGCCAUGUACUACUUCACUGCCUUGGCGCUGACCCUUAACGAGCCGGAGGACGCUGUAGCGCCUACUGACAGCCGACGCCGGCCCGACCAGCGCCUGAUGGAGGACGGUCGCUGGGAAGAGGCCAACGCCGAGAAGCAGCGGCUGGAGGAGAAGCAGCGCAUCGCCCGGCGUGAGAGAGAGAGGGAGGCCGCCAGCCAACGCACCUCCAGCCAGUCAGAAGAAGCUGUCGAUGAGGAUUCUCUUACUGAUCCGUCCCUAAAAAGUGCACCUCAUGACAACUACAGAGCACUUUGGUUCGAUCGCUGCGAGGACAAGAUCACAGGUGAGCAAGUGCAUAUCUAUAAAGGAGGCUACUGGGAAACCAAGGAACGUGGCAACUGGGAGGGCUGCCCGGACAUAUUUUGACCACGGCAUUGACUGCAAAAGUGCCCUGAUGAGACUGAUCCAUCAAAGCCCCCUGGUGGACAACUACCGCAAAGGCCUGCUUGUCCCUUACUUUGGACGGCUGCUUUCCCUCCAGCGGUUCUCUGUUCUAAGAGAUCUCCAGGACGGUCACUGCUGUCUGAUCCAGAGGGAGAGCAGGGCUUUCCCUCCGGACUCCCACAUCCCAUUUUGGUUCCUUGUCUCCUUGCCCAGAGUCUUAGCAUCUACGCCUUCGUUGCCAUCACACAUCUGAGAGGACUGGAAAUGAAAAGUUUCGUGCUGUCGCGAUUUGACUUGGGUCAGACUGAGCAUAAAAAGGGGGAAGAAAUGAAACAGGCAGUGCUUCCAAAUCUAUAGUAGAUCUUCUUUUUUUUUUUUAGUCCGUCUGCUCAAGUCUGUUCAGUCUCUCCGAUCAUGAGCAGAAGAGGUUUUGUGCUGACAACACCCUGUGAGAUAAUGUAGUGUUCUUAUCGUCAUCUACAGCAUCGUGUGCUUUGGUAAUAACUCUAAAAAAAAAAGAAACGGGGGUAAUACCUGGUUAUAUAUACAUUUAUAUAUGAUUAAAAUACUUUCAUUAAAAUGUCAACUGGUGGCCUUCAAGAAGUUAGCGAAGAUUUCUUGUUUCUCUCUGAUUUAGUGUCUUAAUGUAAUGAAGUGAAGGUUCUAGUGUGCUUGUGUGUAUGACUGCAUAUCUGCUCUUCCAUCACUUUACAACACUGCCACUGUGCAGAAUAGUGUGAUUUAAAAAAAAAAAAAAAAGAUUGUCCAAAAUACUGGUUGACCCUCCAUAUGUUUUUUCAGUUGGAAGAGACUUUUUUUUUCUUUACAAAAGCUGAUGGAAAUUAUGAUGGUAAAAUAUGAUCUUUUUUUUUUUUUUUUUUACUUUCUUUUCGCCUUAGACACAAGCAACCUGCUCUCACUUGUAUUUACGUCCCGCCUGAGUGGAUAUGAGGCUCCAAUUUAUUGAUUUUCUUGAAAAAACUUUCAAGAAAUAGUUAAGGAAAUGGCUAUAAAGCUGCAAAAUGGCUAAAGUCAUGUUACAGUGCUGAGAAAACCUCACAUUAGUGCAGUUUUAGUCAAUAACAAUUAAUGAAAUUACAAUUUUUCACAGUAUUGGAACAACAUUUUACCAUUUUGCAAAUGAAUUGAGAGGUAACUGAGUUCAUGGCAGUAAAAAUGGUUUUAAAAAUCCUUGGUGGGAUUUUUUGUUGUAAAAUAGACAAAUGAGCAAAGAACACAAAAAUAAAUGCGGUGGUGAAAAUAAACACCCCAGCUGAAGAGUUCAUACAUAUGCAAGUACAUUAUGACACCAAAAACAUGGGAUAUAAUGUGUGUGUGUGUGUGUGUGUGUGUGUGUGUGUGUGCGUGUGUGAGUGUGAGAAUUUCAUAAUUUUUGUUUGUAAGUGUACUUAAAAAUGAAGAAUAAAGAAACAAAGAAUUUAAAAGCAUUGCAAAUAACUAUGAUUUUAUAAAUGUAAAGAAAUUCAUAUAGUAUUGAUAACUGUAAGGUAGUUUUUUUUCAUGUAUUUUUGGUUCCUCUCGUAUUAUAGGCAGAGGAUUGUCUUCAUUUUCAGAAAAAAAGGGAGUUUCCAUACUUGAUUGAGAAGGGGACACAUGACAUUGUUCAGUAUUUUGUAUUAACAAAGAAAAGAAAAUCUGUAAUAAACAAAUGCUGUGAUGUCAAACAAA